AUGCAACCUAUACGUAGUUUCCAACGUGUUGCCCGAUCUACAUCCAUUGCAGACUAUCUUGGACGCGAACCAAGGUCCUUCCAGAAACCGAUUCUACACUUGUCGCAUGACUCAGGUAAAAUCCUCCAAUUUACCGAAUCGGCCAGUUCUGGAACACAAGAAUGUGCACCGUUGAACACAAAUCAGUCAGGGAACCUUGGGAGUAAAACGAGCAUACCUCGUCCUGAUCACAAACUUCUGAAAGAAGAUGAACCUCCUAGACCAUUGGAAUUGAAGGAAAAUAAUGUGGCCGAAAGAACAGUUCGGAACCUUCCUGAAAUCAGGACCCAUAUCGCAGAGCCGACCGAGAAAAGGCCUACCAUUUCAGUUCAAAUGGACCAAUCUCCCAAAAGAAGACCCCUCCAUCUUCCACUGGCUCGCAGGAAGGUACAAAAGUUUACCAGGGUAGUUGAUCAGUCCCAACUUCAUGGAAGGCCAGUUUGGAAUUCAUCUGCGAAAAUUGACAAAGGACUGACUUCCGGAGGUCACGCUCUUGGAAACUCCACGAGAUCAGGAAGAUCAGCCUCUAUUCCAAUUCAUAGGACUCGAAGAGAACCUUCGUCACAGAGAUCAACUUCAGUUGAAGCAAAUUCGGUAUUUGAGCGGCUCUAUAGAGAAGGACUUCGUUCAAAAGAGGCCGCGCAGCCAGACCUCGCGAAAAAAACUGUCAGCUUGCAGCAGCAUCUUCGAUCUCUCUCGCCCCUUCACAGUCAGAUGUCCACGGUUCCCGUCAAUCCAGAUGGAUGGCCUGACCAACAAAGAACUGAGACUUGUUCUGACCUAUCAAAAUUGCCCUUUGACUCACAAGAAACUGAUCGGGUGCACGACGUUAAGCUCGGUGAAGCGGCUCAUUCAAAGUCACCUGUGCUGAAGCCGGGGAAGAUUAGUCCGGUGAAACAGCCUUCGCCAAGGAGAGAGGUGAAUCCGUCUAUCCUUAGGGAAAAGUCAGCAUUAGUUCCGAAACCUCGGAGUAAGAGCUUAAAGAAUAUUCGUGAGUUUGAUAACACGGCUUUACGAAUACACCAAACAUCGCUUCGUAGGGAUUUGGGUAAAAGUGCAGGUUACAAAUCUAUAUCAUGUGACAAGAUACAGGAGAACCCAGAUGGGACAGUUUUGCAAGUGGACGACGAGCAACGAGAAGGUGCACCUGAGACUACUGUGAAGAGGUCUGAGCAAAAUCCUUGUGCGUUCUUAGAAUCACAGAAUAAGGAAAUUAAUUUGGAUUCUUUUGGUCCUGGAGGCAGCGACCAAAAGGAAGCACAACAUCCGGACAUUUAUGACCAGCGUUUUAAGGAAUUAUAUCCUCAACCCCACUUAGGUGGAUUCCAUCACGAAUAUCCCAUUCGAAAUGAUGAGACUGAAUUUCAGAACACUUUCACUAGUGAAAUAAACUUGGACCUUGGCGAUAAUUCCCUGGGUGCGCAUUUCUGUAAACUUGAUAAAACAGACCCCCCUUCGAUAAGCAUUUCAGCAGUGGUUGGGAAAGUUAUUGAUAAGGCUUGUCAGGAAGUCGGAUUAUCAUCGAUAGGAUUGUCUGGUAUCCUGUCGCCACCUCACAACGAAAACAUAGAAUCAGGCAGCGUGCUACUGCCAAUUGACUAUAAUGAAGAGCCAGUGACGAUUCCGACAGAGAAUCUCCUUCCUGUUUCAACGAAAAGCGAACGGGAAGAUCAACACACUGCUAAUUCUGCCAAGUCAAGUUUGGCAGACCAAGUCGUGCAAGUUACUGCGGCUGUGAACGACGAAGAAGGGCCUUUGGAAAUGCCUGAAGACUUAGCUAGCGUUCAGUUAAGACGUCCUCUCAAAAAGCCAACAUCAACCUAUGGAGAUACAGAUUUAAAUACCGAUACCACGGAUAUCUCCAUCGUUUUGGUCACAUCCAUGAACCCAUCGCUAGAGGUAUGCAAUGAAAACAGGGAGCAGUGGUCGUAUGAAGACGCAUCUCUGGUUGCCUCAAAGAGUACCAGAGGGUGUCUUCAAGAGUGCACCAAAACUUUACAGAAGAAUGUAGCACUCUCGAUGAAAUCUGAGAUGGGGGAAUCAUUGAAGGAGCCGUGUUUAAUGGCCUCGCUUCUCGAAGACUCGAAGUCGAGGAUCGAUCCUGUUGAAAGCGAUCCGACUAUUGUGGAAAGCUACGCCCUGACGAAGGUUCUCCAGUUCCCACACCCACCGUUUCCCCUUCUUCAUGACCUCUUGAGUUUGGAGAGGGCUGGGGCAAUUCUGAAUUGCGGGGAGGAAGUGAUACAAAAUCUGGAUAGUCGAAGAACCUACCGGGGGAAUCCCAUUGAGCCAGGUGACGAGGAACUGUACAUGUAUCCUGAGGACGGAGAAUGGUCGGGAGAUUCGGAUGACGAAGAGCGGUUUUCAGAAGUCACCUCUAAGCAGGAGAUGCAGUCGCCAACUUUAAAUGAUACAGGAGACAAACCAGACUCGAGGCCAGGCAGUCCGAACUGUGAGGCACCUUCGGAUAUUCAGCUUCCUGCUUCGCCAGAACUCGGAAAUACUGAUGCUCUUCCUGCACAUUCUACUUCGUUUUCACUGAGGGUUGAUCGAUGUGACCAGGAGGGAAGCACCGUGACCACACAGGCCUCAUCUCGGUCUGGUAGUUUUAAGCGAAGACAACUAGUCCUGACCAACCGUGGACCCUGCAAGCAUCAAAAGGAACAAAUUAGUGACAUCGUGCUACGCAAGGGAUCAUCGGACGAGUCUGUCGAGGAGAUAGCCCAUUUGAAGAGAGAGCUCUUCAAACUGCACUCUCGCUUUAACUCGCUGUGCAUUAUAACCAAGGAUGUGGUUCCGGAACUGAAGUUGAGCUAUCGUGAAGUCGUAUUUGCCAUCAGAACCAGCCUACACUCUAAGAAAGCAGUUGCAUGCCAGAAUACCACGAAUGCACUGGGCGCAGCUUUUGUCCAAUGUGUUGAGCAGUUCGUGCAGAUUAUUAAUAAUAAGGUCUUGUGCCAAAAUUGGCUGGGAGCUUGGGACAAGGCGUGCUUGAUGCGACUGAAAGCAGACUUUAUACGCUACCUAUCCGAGACCUUCCCCCAAAACGAGGACUACCAGCGGAAGUGCCAUGAUGCCUACAAAAGUGCCCGUCUCUUUUUCAUUGAAAACAGACUACAAGAAAAAGCUGAGUGGGUGUAUCUUCAGAUGAACUACGCCAUUUUUCUCCACUCAGUGGGGUUCCCGAGUCUUGCACAGUACAUAAGUGAGAAACUUAUGCGUUCUUUGGUUGUUCGUCGAUGUGGGAAGGAUAUCCAGCAGAAGCUGCGUUCAAACCUUCGGUUCUACAAUAAACCCUAG